AUGGGAAAUAUUUGUUCUAAUGUAUCGAAAAAGGAAAUAAAAUUCAAGCCGAUAAUCAUUGAAGAUAUCAGUGAUGAUAGGAAUAGAAAAAGUUAAUAAUCAUUGAUUGGCAAUUUUAAUAACAUUUAAUAAUAUGAAUUUUCAUUUAAAGACCCUUCAUCAUUUAGAACGAUAAGAUCUAAAUUUUAAAUAGUAUUAAUAGAAGAAAAUUAAUUCAUGUACAUCUUUGACGGAUAAAUUCUAAAAAUGUAAAAUAAUAAAUAUUAGAAAGAGAUUAAGUGGAAAAAAUUUCCAAAAUACCUGAAUUUAGUAAUAAUUUGGAAUAAAUAAAAUACCUUUAAUAAAUAGAAGAUUAUGGAUCGGAUUAAUAAAAAUAUUUUAAAUAAGUAUCAUAUUGGUAAGGACAACAACUAAACUAAGUUGGUGGAUUCUACUCCAAAGAUGGGGGAAAAUAGGGCUUGUGGAAAGAAACAUUCAAAAAUUUUAAGAUGUAAUUUAAAUUAUUAUGUUUAAUUAAUAAAAAUAGCAAAGCUUUAGUUUAUUUUUUUGGUGAAUAUCUAAAUAAUUAAAAAAUUGGAAAAUGGAGAUAUAUCUAUAAAAAUUAGAAGAUGUAAAAAUAAAAUAUACUAGAAGUGGUGGUGGAUUUUACAAUUAAUUAGGCUAAGCAACUGGUAAAUGGAUUGAAUUGAGUGAUAGAUUUUGUUAGUAUUUAUAUUUCAUCAUUAAUGAUUAGAGA